CCAAUGGCAACAGUGGCGGCGGCGUCUUCACAGUUUGCUUGCCGGGGCAGUUGCUGGUCAAGUGGAUGUAGUUAGAAAACAUGAGCAGAGCGCCAGAGAGCGGACAGCCAACCGCUGUUCAGUGUUGGACGAAGACACCGCCUACUAAAAUGAGGAAAAGUCAAAUUCAGCAAGCAUCGAUUCUUAACAGGAACGUGUUCAGAGACAGAAAGACUCGAAUUGAUUUUGUCCUGGUGUGGGAGGAGCUUCGGGGUGUUAAUGAGAAUGGCGCCGCCACCGCCGCCCAGAGGAAGUGGAGGGAACAGUUUCUGAGGAGACUGAAACAAGUAGGCCUGCUGUUGGAGCAGAGGGAGGUCCACAAGGCGAAGAAGAGGAUCCACUUCAUCCUCCUCAGCGCCCCCUGGAGUGUCCUCUGCUACUACGCCGAGGAGAUCAAUCUCAAAGUCCCGCUGGAGGUGGUCACCGUUCCAAUCACUAACUGGUCCGAAAAGUUCCUGUCCAAGUUGUCCCUCCCCAACCCUCUGUCCCAGAACGUCCCCAACCCACCGCUGGAAUACUACACCUGUCAGUUCAGGACCAACAAGCUGGGGAGGUUCCUGGGAAGCGGUGACAAGGACACGUUCUUUAAGACCACCCAGAGGCACCAAGUGCUGUAUGAGAUCCUGGCCAGAACUCCGUACGGUUGUGUGAAACGGGGCGAGGUGGGCAUCGACCGGCUGAUCAGUGAGGAAGUCUUCACGGCAGCGUACCCACUGCACGAGGGGAACUACAAGAUGCCGGACAACCCAGUGUCCCCCCAGUCUUUAGAACUGAGGCAGAUCCUGCAUGAGUACUGGUCCAAGUGGUCCUGCUGGAGACGCUACCAACCUCUUUAUCACAUAAGAGCAUACUUUGGGGAGAAGAUAGCUCUCUACUUUGCGUGGAUCGGUUUCUACACUGCCUGGCUGCUGCCUGCAUCUGUGGUUGGGACUCUGAUCUUCCUGUUGGGUUUUGCAGAUUUGCUCUCUGACGUCUCAGCGAAGGAGGUGUGUGAGAGCGAAGACGCUUUCAUCAUGUGUCCUCUCUGCGACAUCUGCUCCACCUGGAACUAUUCCAGCAUCUGCAUCACCUAUAAGGCGGGUCUCCUGUUUGACAACUGGGGGACAGUGUUUUUCAGUCUCUUCAUGUCUUUGUGGGCCGUCACCUUCCUGGAGUACUGGAGGCGAACUUCUUCGAUUCUUACCCACCGCUGGGGCUGCUCUGAGUUCGAGGACAUUGAGGAGCGUCCGCGUCCAGAGUUCUCGGCCAUGGCGCCGAUGACCACGAGGAACACAAUCACCGGGGCUGAGGAACCUUACUUUCCUGAGAAUAAACGCUUCCACAGAACUGCCACUGGAUGCAUGGUCAUCGUCAUCAUGAUUUGUGUGGUCCCGAUGUUCCUCAUUGCCAUUAUUUUGUACCGUACCAUCCUCAGAGUCGUCCUCUACAAGUCAACUCCUACUGACAGCGCCUCUGCUGGGACAAUAGCCAGCAUUUCAGCAUCAGUGCUGAACCUGAUCAUUAUCCUUACAUUGUCCAGAAUUUACACCUCGCUGGCCGGCAUCCUCACACGCUGGGAAAUGCAUCGCACUCAAACCAAAUAUGAAGACAUGUUCAUCCUCAAAGUUUUCAUAUUCCAGUUUGUGAACUUCUACUCAACUCCAAUCUACAUCGCCUUCUUCAAAGGCAGGUUCGUCGGUUACCCUGGAAUGUACAACACUCUGUUUGGCAUUCGCAAUGAAGAAUGUGGAGCCGGCGGGUGUCUUAUUGACCUGGCUCAGGAGCUGCUGGUCAUCAUGGUGGGAAAGCAGUUGAUCAACAACGUCCAUGAAUUCAUCUCUCCGAAGGUUCAGGCGUGGUGGCAGAGAAGCAAAAUCCGUACUCCACAGAAGGCAGGGACUCAGACGAUGAGGGACGUUUCCCCCUGGGAGGCAGAUUACGAGCUGCUGGUCUGUGAGGGACUCUUCGGUGAAUAUCUGGAGAUGGUGCUUCAGUUUGGUUUCAUCACCAUCUUUGUGGCGGCGUGUCCUCUCGCUCCUCUCUUCGCUCUCAUGAACAACUGGGUGGAAAUCCGUUUGGACGCUCAGAAGUAUGUGAAGGAAUUUCGCCGCCCGGUGGUGGAGCGAGCUCAGGRCAUCGGCAUCUGGUUUCASAUCCUGCRGUUCAUCUCACACRUGGCCGUCAUCAGCAACGCUUUUCUCAUUGCCUUCACCUCGUCCUUUGUGCCUCGGCUGUACUACCGUUACACCAGAGAUAGCACCCUGAGAGGCUUCGUUAACUUCACCCUGGCAACUGCCCCACUCAGCCACAACUCCACCUGCAAGUAUAGAGGUUUCAGGGAUGAUAACGGUGAAUAUCUGCCGGCGUACUUUCACCUCAUUGCUAUACGACUUGGCUUCGUCGUCAUCUUUGAGCAUGUGGUCUUCUUCAUCGGCCGACUGAUUGACCUGACGGUUUCUGACAUCCCAGAGGAGGUGGAGCUUAAGAUGAAGAGGGAGCACUACAUGGCGAAACAGGCACUGGCUGAGAAUAAGGCUUUAGGGACAGCCAUGACACCGAAUGAUAAGGAUGUUGUGUCAGGUCAUCGUGGAUCCAAAUAUAAUACGAUCACUGCGUAGCAUUACCAACAAAUCUGAACACGAUCCCAGAGAAAACGGAUCCAGCUGACCUGAAGCCCGACUGCAUCAGAACUGACCGGUUCAUGUGGAGGUUUUACAGCCUGCAGAGCGGGGCUCCUUCUGGACUUUUACUGGACUUAUUUAAAAUAAUUUAGCUUUCCAACUUGUCAUAGAACAGUGUGCCGGUGAAGUGUCUUCCUACCUUUACCUUCUGAAACCGGAAUCAGAGUAACUCUGACCGACCCAGAGCUGAAAGCUUCUCAGGAACUUCCACAAACAGAGGCUUGAAGUAGAACCACUGAAAAUGAAAAUGUCUUUUCUUCUGCUGCUGCAGGGAGCUAAAGCUUAUUCCAAGGGGCUUAUGAUGUACCAUAAUAUUUAGAACAACCUCCAUCCAGCACAGGCAUUCUGGAUGUGGAAACUUAAAUUAGGCUUCGCUUAGGCUAUGAAUGUUUGUGUUUUGGUCACUUGCAGAGAUAUAAAUUAAUCUGCUUUUGGAGCAGUAGAUUAUUUCCAUUUCUUCCAGCUGCUCAACUGUUGGUCAAUUAAUGUAGAUUUUUAAAAGUAUUUUAAGUUUAGCUCAUUUCAAAGCAACAACAACUUGUCUUAGUGAGGAAAAAGUAAA